AUGCUUUCAUCAUCACACUCAGGCGAAACCACUCGGGAAAUGUUUUUUGAUUCUUCUGAGGGCAGUAGUAGUACUGGGAAUGGCUCUACCACAGGAGCUCCAAUUCCAGCAGGACGAAAAUCUACGAGUGAUGAGUCAAGCCAAAACGAUUUUCAAAUUCCCGAAUCAUUUUCUAUUCGAUCACCAGGAGAUUUGAAUGUGUGGUUGGAGAGUUUAUUUGCUCCGACAGUAUUAGUGAGAACAACAACCUCUGUAGAGAAUAUCUGUAUGAAGAAUGGAUUGAAAUUUAUUGAUUUGUUGCGACCAUAUCAAACAACCAGACAGUUAAAUUAUUCAACAAUUACUUUACCAAACUUUUCAGUGAACUAUGUUCAUAUGAGUGACUUGCAUAGAGAAUAUGGAGAAGACGGAAACAGAUUCACUAAUAGAACAGAUCUUCUUCUGCGUGAGAAGACUCAUCAGGAUUUUAUAGGAUACAUUAUCAGAAAGAGCUAUGACCAGUAUUUGGCCAAAACCAAACAAUCAGCGUUGUCAGAAGAGUUUGUUGACAAUACGCCAUGGUUUGAUAUUUUCAGAGAUGAAUUUAUCAAGACUUUGAAUAUUUCCGAACAUGAAACACUGAUGCAUCCCGUCGCGUGUGUGUCAGUUUUAUCGAGUGAAGAAGCUGGAGAUCCAAUUCAAAUUUUGAAGGGACUAUUUGACCCUGAUAAGCCACCUAAAUUAUUUAAAGAUUUUAUGAUAGAUAGCGACAUUUUGCAAAUUGUAAUUAUGGUACAUGACCAAUCUUCUCAUUUUGCAAGCUCUGAAAAAGCAAACUCAAUAUUUAACAAGGUCAAGGAAAAGUAUACAGCAUCGUCAUGUAGAAUGCUCAUUUUAAACUCGAGGGAUGAUACAAUUGAAAACGUUGUUGAUGAUAUUUGGUCAUCUGUGCUUCCCAGACGUCAACUUUAUCAAAAGCGAGUAUUGCAGAACGUUACUCCUACUGCAUUUCAUCUUUCUAAACAGGAUUUACAAUAUAUUGGAAGCACAGCAGACUUUAUUUUGAAUCAAGUUGUCAUCUCAAUGGAUACAAAAAUUAAGAAUGCCACUAACACGGUGUUGGCCAACAAGAAGGGAAUCAAGAACACAAUCAAGUCCUGGUUCACAAAGAAGAACAAGGCUGAGGAAGAAGGAAUUAGUCCUGAGAUGCAACUGAGACGAUUGGCAGAUCUACUUUUCAUGAUCCGUGAAUACGAUGAAGCAUAUUCCAUUUACAAACUCAUCAGCGGUGACUUUAAAAACAAGGAAGUUAAAAAUUAUGCGGGAUGUAUGGAGUUUAUGGCCAUUUGCACACUUCUUAGCACAACAGCGCAAGGAGGCAAUAAGAAAGAAGUCGAAAGCAAUUUAGAAUCAGCAUUAACGGCGUACAAGAAUGCAGCACAGCCUUCUUUUGUUUUGAGAUCGUUAUUAUUCCAAGCAUGCAUGUACAAAUCAAAAUCUCUCUUUAAGAGAGCGGGUGAAAUAUUCACAAGAGCAUCUAACGUGGAUGAGAACAAUUUCCUACAAGCUGCCUUAUUCUUUGAACAGACUGCUCUCUGUUAUAAAGGCCCAAUGGAUAGACUAACAAGAAAAUCAGCUCUAUUUUUGAUCUUGGCUGGGUAUAGAUUUAGUCACACUGAUCAAAUGAAGCACUCAUUUAGAUGCUAUAGAACAGCAUUUAGAAUUUAUAACAAUAAGGAAUGGUUACAAAUCUAUGAACAUAUGAGUUUUACUUUAGGUAGACUGGCAAGUCACAUGCGAGAUUUGAAAUCGAGCGUUGAAUUUUUCCACGAAUUUAUGACUGUUUGUAAACAAGGUCCUGAAUAUCAACACAAGUUUAUGGAGGAGUUUUCUCAAACAGUGACAGCAUAUCUCUCCGACUUACAAUUGAAAGGAAAUUCAGAUGCUAAACUAGACUUUUUGGAUAUUCCUAAAAUCAAUCCAUCAGCAGUGAGAGUAUUAUUGAACUCUCAAUACGGAGAACCAGUGUAUACAGACAGCCUACCAGAUGAAGAAUGGGCAAAAUUAGAGGAAACUCUUGUGAAAAAAGCGAGAGGACCUAUUGUAUUCUUUAGAUGGGAAAAACCAUCAAACGACAUGAAAAAGAUUGAAUCUACUGUUGUAGGAGAGCCAAUUUAUGUGGAGAUCAAAUUGACCAACACAUUAUCGAUUCCUGCUCAAGUGAAAGACAUGGCUCUUGACGCAUUCCUUAACUCUAAAACAUUGCCAGAAAAUGACAAGGGCUUCACAGCAGAACCUAUUAGUGUGGUCAUUCAACCAUUGGACACGAUCUUUGUAAGACUAAAAAUUACUCCAACCCAGACAGGAGACCUCUCCAUUCGAGGCGUUCGAUGGAAAGUGCUUAACAACAUUCAUGGAUUCAAGCUAUUUCAAGUCAAAGGAAGAAGAUUGAAUGAUACCAAACAACAAAGAACAACCAUUCAAUAUGAACAAGAUAAUAGACUGAAUCUCAAAGUAGUCGCUCCAACACCACUACUCGAUGUUAAAUUCACCGACAAUAUUGAAGUGUUGUGGAAUGGAGAGCUCAAGAAAACUAAAAUGAUUGUAACCAAUGUAGGAAAUGCUGAUUUGAUCAACCUCAAGCUAAAGCUCAACCAUCCAUCUAUUUAUUAUCUCUCCGAUGAUCUUUCUUUGAAUGAUUACAAAUUUAUUGAAAACUCCUCUUCAAAAGAUGAGACAUUUAUUUCUAACACUUUUGGUAUUGAACGUGACUUUACAUUUUAUGAUAUUGCUGAGGCUUUAAAGUCUGGAGAAAGCAUUGAAAUUCCUGUUUUUGUGAGAGGGUCAUUCUCUGGUAUUCAUGACUCAAAAUUCCUAUUUUAUUAUGAGCCAACUGAAAAGAAUGAUGAUCUCAAAUAUCGAUUACACAGAUUCCACACCACACUAAAAGUACUGGACUCUCUUAAAAUUACUACAUUUUGUGACUCUACCCACACAGAGCCAAACUCAUUCAUUUGUGGAGUCAAGUUACAAAAUUUUAGACCUGAUCAUUUUGUUCAGCUUGACCAGCUGGUGAGCAUCAGUCCUCUUUGGGAGAUUGAGCCAGUUGUACCGCUCACAGAACCAAUUAUUGUCUUGCCUAAGGAGUCUUUUACCUUAUAUUUGAAAUUGAACAAGAAUGUCACUUACGAAAAGAAAGUUAAGGAAUUGAGCUCUGAUAUCAAACAAUUGACAGAAGUAGAGCUUAUCCAUCGUUCACAUACUAUUGGUGGUUGCAAUAGAAUUAUCGAUACUACAAUGAAACCUUAUUUACAAUUCCUUUUCAGUGAGUCCAAGAAACAUGAAUUGACCUUCUAUGGAAGAACCAUCACAACAGACAAGGGAGAUCAAAUAGUAGACAUUGAAGAACAAUUGAAUUCUUUGAGCUUGCAAGUGAUAUGGAGAUCUGGAGCUUGUAAUUUAGGUGUGACUUACCAUAGCAAGGUUUCAUUCCUUCCACACGCUAAAAAACCAAAACGAUCUCAUCCUGCUUCCAAGUUUCCCUCAAAGGAAAAUCUUGUGUGCCCUAUUGAGGUCAAUUUGGAAUAUGAAACAGAAAUUAUUCAUCAAUUCACACCUUCUCAACCCUCAUGCACGGUGGAAUUAAUGUCAAGCUCAUGA